CAGUCAAGUUCGAGAACGGAACUCUCUUCCCAGCCUUCCUAUUCUCUGAUUCACUUCUUGACUUCCGCAGGGUUCUGGCGAAUUCUCCAGUUCCCACAACAACAGGAGAGGAGGGAAGAGAAGCCGCCACCAAGGACCUUAGGCCCUUGGAGCAGCCGACCUCCCUCUCUCUCGGCGCCCGCCGGCAGGUUACAUAACGGACCGCGGGACGCGUUCUCGCGAGAUUUCCACCGCCCCCCCUCCUCGCUCCACGUCAGAAGGAACCGGGCGGAGCGGCCAACAUGGCGGAACGCAGGCGACACAAGAAGCGGAUCCAGGAAGUUGGUGAACCAUCUAAAGAAGAGAAGGCUGUAGCCAAGUAUCUUCGAUUCAACUGUCCAACAAAAUCCACCAAUAUGAUGGGUCACCGUGUUGAUUAUUUUAUUGCUUCAAAAGCAGUGGAUUGCCUUUUGGAUUCCAAGUGGGCAAAGGCCAAGAAAGGAGAGGAAGCUUUAUUUACAACAAGGGAGUCUGUGGUUGAUUACUGCAACAGGCUUUUAAAGAAGCAGUUUUUCCACCGGGCUCUAAAAGUAAUGAAAAUGAAGUAUGAUAAAGACAUAAAAAAAGAAAAAGAUAAAGGAAAAGCUGAAAGUGGAAAAGAAGAGGACAAAAAGAAUAAGAAAGAAAAUAUAAAGGAAGAAAAGACAAAAAAGGAAAAAGAGAAAAAAAAAGAUGGUGAAAAGGAAGAAUCUAAAAAAGAGGAAACUCCAGGAACUCCCAAAAAGAAGGAAACGAAGAAAAAAUUCAAACUUGAGCCACAUGAUGAUCAAGUUUUUCUGGAUGGAAAUGAGGUUUAUGUGUGGAUCUAUGACCCAGUUCACAUUAAAACAUUUGUCAUGGGAUUAAUUCUUGUGAUUGCAGUUAUAGCAGCCACACUCUUCCCUCUUUGGCCAGCAGAAAUGAGAGUAGGUGUUUAUUACCUCAGUGUGGGCGCAGGCUGUUUUGUAGCCAGCAUUCUUCUACUUGCUGUUGCUCGUUGCAUUUUGUUUCUCAUCAUCUGGCUCAUAACUGGAGGAAGGCACCACUUUUGGUUCUUGCCAAAUCUGACUGCUGACGUGGGCUUCAUUGACUCCUUUAGGCCUCUAUACACACAUGAAUACAAAGGACCAAAAGCAGACUUAAAGAAAGAUGAGAAAUCUGAAACCAAAAAACAGCAGAAGUCCGACAGUGAGGAAAAGUCAGACAGUGAGAAAAAGGAAGAUGAGGAGGGAAAAGUAGGACCAGGAAAUCAUGGAACAGAAGGCUCAGGUGGAGAACGGCAUUCAGACACAGACAGUGACAGAAGAGAAGAUGACCGAUCCCAACACAGUAGUGGAAAUGGGAAUGAUUUUGAAAUGAUUACAAAAGAGGAACUGGAACAGCAAACAGAUGGGGAUUGUGAAGAAGAGGAGGAAGAAGACAAUGAUGGAGAGAUACCUAAAUCUUCACAUGAAAAAUCAUAAUUCGACUAAUUUUGGGAACUGAUUAAGGGCAAGAGGUUGGAUUUUCUAUGUUGGCUGAUCCUCAUAAUGUACACAUCUUAUUUGUAGCAUUCUUUGUAUCCAUUUACUGAAAUGUAUUUGACAUCCAAGCAGUUAUUCAGUUCAUUUUAUAGAGUAUUGGUACUACUAUUGGUACAGUCUAAAGCCAUUAAUAAGUUUAUCCAUUUGAUAAUUUUACAGUAAGUAGGUCUUAUUCAUUUUGAUAGUUAUCAAAGAUGCAUUUUCCACAAUGACAUUUAGAUUAAGGGCAUUUUUGAUAGUUGUAUGGCUUUUUACUGUUAGACUAAUCAAAAUAACUUUAGAAGGAAUAAAGAAAUUGCAACGUUUCAGAUUAUGCAGAGUUAUAUAGCCAUUUCACAGUUUCUUUAGAAUGAAAUGCGUAACACUUUGUUCUUGAUAGUUUGCUUUUGUUUUUCAUCAUAAAAUCAUCCAGGAAAUUUCUUAAGAUUCUGAGUUAGCAGGGUUCAAAAGCAUUUCGUGGAAACAAGCCAACUAAUAACAAUGCAGCAGCACUUCUAGUUUAGCUGCAAAUUCUCCUUUUCCAACUUAGGAAAUCCAAACUGAUUUGUACGUUUGAUUCAGAGAAAGAUGGUCAUCUCCAGUAGAGAACAUGAACAGCAUUGGUUGGAAGGUGAUGGCUCUCCUACCUUCUUCCCCAUCUCCUUGUAACGUAAAGCGUAUUCUGUAUAUAAUUUACGAAUAAAACAUUUUAUUUUAAUUGUUACUUAUUAUUUAGACAUUUCUCAACACUUAAAUUUGUAAAAUUAAGACCAUGUAAGGGUAUGUUUUUAGAGAAGUGAAAGUUUCGAUAACCCACAGAACACCUGUGAUCUUUCUACAGCAGCUUCAGUUUUGUGCCAACAUUCCAUGUAUUUGAAUAUGAGUAAAAACUGAUCCUUAUUAAAUAUAAGAGCAGACUUAAAAGUAGCUGUUUGUAAGCCUUAAUGUUCAUUUUGAUUUAUUUUAAAACUUUACAUUCAGAAAUGGGGGUACUGUAUUACCAGACCAGGAGGCCCUGCUGUGAAAGAUAAUUUACUGUUCUAAAAUAUCAAUUUAAAAUAAAGGCUAUAAAAGAAAACAUAGAGAACCAUUGGACUCUAAUUGCUUCAAACUAGUUUUGUAAUUUGGUUUUAUGUUUCAAAUCAUAGAAGAGCCUUGUUUACUUAUGAGCAUAAUCAUUCCUUGGAGUUAUACUCUCAAAGUGAUAGUGAAUAUUAAAUUAUUUUCCUUCAGUCACAGAGCAAUUUGCUUUGUAGUUGAAAUAAGUGAGUAGGUCUUUAAUUUUUUUAGGUUGUUUCCCAUCCAAGUGUUUGACUAAAGAUGUUAAAUUCUUAUAAUUAUGAAAAAAUACUUUUUCUGUAUAUUGAUACAUCCUAUCAAACAUGGCUUGAUUGCUUCUUUAAUAGUAUUCCCUGUAAGUGGCUAGAAGUGUGGCUCUUCCAUGUUAAUGCAAUACUGUCAAGGCUGCAAUCAUUUCAAAUUUUCUCUUAGCAAAUGUUUGUUGAUUUUAGUGCCUGGGUAUUUCCCCCUCACAUUUGCAGAUCUCUUUUGCUUUAUUUCCACAAUUAAGGAUAUAUAAAAUUUGAGCUUCUGAGCUUCUUAAUCACCAGUAACAAUAAUACCUAUUAUGGGGUAUUGAAAAUGAUACCAAAAGUGUUUCUCAGAAAUAAAAUUAAUUUUGUUAACAAUUACUACUAUGGGAAUACCCGAGCACUCACUGUUUAAAGUUCUUUCUAAUACAUGUAUUGUGUCUAGUCUCAAAGACAUGUGGAGCAUGACAGGAAAGUCAGCUUUUUAUUGUGUAUGGAUUCUUACAGAAUGUUAAUACAAGGUUUUUAAAUAUUGGUGAUUCUGAGGGGAAUUGCAUUCUUAAGUGGUUAAAAAGUGAGUUCGAAAUUUCAGCUUAGUUUCUAUUGUACUCCUCAAGUACACAAACAAACAUAAAACUCAAAGGCUGCAUAUGUUACAAUGCUCAGAAUAGAUGACUGUCUUUGUUAGCUAACUUUAAAUAUCCUCCAGAGCAUGGAGAAUUGUUUACAGUAGUCAAUAGAAUGAUUAAAAUAAAAGGGGGCAGGGGAAAUCUUCAGAUUUGCUAUGCCACUGUUAAGUAUAAGCACAAAACUUUCAGAUACUGUAGGAUUUAGUGUGGAAUGGUUAUAAACUGGCCUAACUAAGCAGAAUUGAAUUAACAGGACUAAGUCCAGAUGGUAAGAAUAAUGCAUAGGUGAAUGUUCUUAAAGUUACUAUAUUAAAUAGGGUGCUUUUCCUUUUCCCUUCCACUGAAUUCUUUAAUUUCCAAAUAUAAAGCCUAGACAAUGUUAAUUGAAUAAUUUAGAUGAACAAUAUUCAGAAAGUAAUAAAUUUUAAUAUAUCGCAUUGAAA